CGAGCCAACACCUCCAGUUUCUGGCUCCCUCCAAAUCUCAAGUCCGGUCGAAUCCUCCAGACACUUACGAUUAAACAAUGGGUCGGGUCAUUCGAACACAGAGGCGUUCGCACGCAAUCUUCAAAUCGCACACCCACCACAACAAGGCCCCCGCACAACUUCGUGCCCUAGAUUUUGCAGAGAGGAACGGUUAUGUCCGGGGUGUUGUCAAGGAAAUUAUUCACGACGCUGGCCGUGGUGCCCCCCUUGCCCGUGUAGUUUUCCGUGACCCCUACCGAUACAAGCUUCGCAAAGAGACUUUCGUCGCCACUGAAGGCCUACACACCGGUGCUUUCGUCUACUGUGGCAAAAAGGCUGCUCUCACUGUCGGAAACGUUCUUCCCAUCUCUCAAUGCCCUGAAGGAACUAUCGUUUGCAACGUUGAAGAGAAAGUAGGCGACCGUGGCGCUCUUGCUCGCACAUCCGGCAACUACGCUACCGUCAUCGGUCACUCUCCUGAUGACAACAAGACCCGUAUUAGACUGCCAAGUGGUGCAAAGAAGACGAUUGCUGGUGGUGCAAGGGCGACAAUUGGUAUCGUCGCUGGUGGUGGAAGGAUCGACAAACCUUUGCUCAAGGCCGGAAGAGCGUAUCACAAAUACAAGGCCAAACGUUACAACUGGCCUCGUACUCGUGGUGUUGCUAUGAACCCCGUCGAUCAUCCUCACGGUGGCGGUAACCACCAGCAUAUUGGAAAAGCAUCGACAAUCGCCCGCUCUGCUGUUCCCGGUCAGAAAGUCGGUCUUAUUGCCGCUCGUCGGACUGGUCUGCUCCGUGGUACUGUCAAAGUCAAGGAGGUGUAAGGAUGGAAAUGGCCAAAUAUUUUCUUCGGUUGUUCAUCUUUACAUUAUUAUUGACUUGGCGGUCCUCGUUGACUUUCAUGCUUUCCCUACGUACCACUUCAACACCAUGCAUACUGUAGGCACAAAAAAAUCUGUAUGCCCACCCACUCACGCACUCGCAUUGGGGACAUGUCCAUUCUCUCCUCCUUUAGGCUCUUCCAACCGCGUGUGGCGAGUGUCAGCACCAUACCAUACUCAUGAGCUGUCUUCGUGAAUCAUCUUGCAAGUCAGUGACCGUUCAAUAAUCCCGACUGAAAACCCGGCAGCGAACCUUGCAUUGAAGGGAGUCAUACUAUUCUGUUUAGGGAUAUGCAACAUUUUCGAGUACCACUUCCACACACCACUUACCGUAUCAAAAAUUUGACUAGAGUAUUUUAAUAGUGCUCAAAACGUUAACCUGAAUUUAUGAGGAUUUUAGGAUAGCUGUAAGAAACCUCGGAGAGUGUCCGAGGGUGAUUCGAGAAGUGCAAAGCG